GGGAGCUGCUGGACACAGGAGUUUCCUAUACCAGUAAACUCAUAUAGAUAGAUACUCUGACCAAUAAACUCAUAUAGAUAGAUACUCUGACCUUACUGAGUACACGAGAUUACCAAAUUUACAUUAUGCACUAAAACUCCUAAAGAAGUUGCCUAUGAAAUUGCCUAAGAAUACUCAUGAUCAGGAUGGGUGCCAGUGAGGAUCAAAAAGUUCCAUGAAUGAGAGAGAUGAGGUUUGUUGUUCUAUUCUCUUCUGAGCACCUUCACUGACCUCCAGAUUGCCUAUAGGAUAACAUACAAACUCUGCCUGACUUCAAAGCCAAUACACAUUCUAGUUCAAAGCUAUCUUUUGAGUCUUGUUUCAUACUAUUCCCCUUAGCUGCUCAAGGUGCAAAUUGACUUAUGUUCCCUUGUAUGGUAUGAACUUGAGACCUCUCCUUAAGGUUUCCUUUCAUUGAUGUCUGUAUGCUUACUUGUUGGCAAUGGCUCCGUACAAAUUUGGACUGAAAAAUACCUAAGCUAUCUUUCAAUCCUACACCUUUGUGUGUUCAUGCAAGCAAUCCUCUCUCUGAAAUGUACUUCUUCCUCACUAGUUCUUUCAGAGAAAAAUUACCCUCUGUCUAUUUUCUGAUUUUAGAGCUCUCCUUAUGUAUUGAGGUAUUUGUCAACCUGACCAAAAACACUCAUGAACCUGUUAGUACCAUUAAAAAGAACCUAUUGAAGACAGCAGGUGGAAGAAACAAAACAUAGCCCUCACCCCAACUUUAAGAGGCCAUCAAGGAGACUCUGCAAAAGGGAGGUUGUGACUACUUAUCUGCCAAAGGAGGUUGGACUAGAUCUUUCACAAUCUGUUCCAGCUCUUAAUCUAACCUAGUCCAACUAGGAAAAGAUUCAACUUUGCUCUUUUUGUUUUCUUCAGAUAAUUGUAAAAACAAAACAAAAAAACCCUUCAGAUAACUUAGCUGAGUCACAGCCAACUACAGACUUCCUUGGAUCUUGAUUUUCAGGCUCCUGCUCUUGCUACUACAUAAUCCUGUCCCUGAGUUGAAUCGAAAAAAAUUUCUCUGGAAGAAUAUAACCAACAGGGGUUUGCUUAUACUUUAUUAAGUUCUAGGAUAACCUCCCCAUCCCUAUCCCUGCCAAAAAAAAAAGUUGCCUUAAAAGGAAAAGGUUUUUUUUCAGUCCAAUAUUUAAUUAAAUAACAUCGAAGUCCGUGCUUUUUCAUUCGUACAAGUAUUCGCUUAUUCAUUGUAAAGAGUUUAUUACAAGCCAUGCACAUCGGAGCAGAACGAAGCCUUCCCUGCCUCUCCCCUCUGUGCCAGCCGGUGCCCCUGGUACCCUGUGGACGCCUAAGCACGGGAAAGGGCCUAGCACUGAUGAAAAAACAGGCCCCGAGAGGCUUGCCCAAAUGGACAAAACGGCAACAAAAAAGGGUGUUAAUUGUCGCCGGACACCUUCAUUUGACAACAUUUGGUGCUGACCCAGAACUCCGCAGCUGUCACAAGCCGACCCCGAGAGCUCUGGAGCACGAGGUAAAAAGGCACGUGACACGGGGAUGGGUCGCGUGACGCCCCGCCCAGGGCUCCUCUACAGCCUCUGAUUGGCUGCUUGGAGCCUGGACUCGCGCUCCUUCACGCUCACCCUCUCUGAGUUGGCGGGAGGUUCGGAGUGUCCCGUGGUGUGCAGCUGUUUGCCGUCGAGUGAAGUAACUGCUCUCGGCUUUCCCUGAGGCCGGAAGCCACAGGACUUACCCCUGCUUGCCAUUUGUUCUACAGACCUAGAGCCCAGGCAUUCUGCCACUCAGUAGAGGGCAGUGCCCGCGGGCCAUACACUUCAGGUAGCUGGCUGCUAGAACAGGACUCUUUUCAAUAACCAGAAUGAGACACAAUCAGAUCUGUUGUGAGACACCGCCAACUGUCACUGUUCAUGUAAAAUCAGGAUCAAGUAGAUCUCAUCAGCCAAAAAAAGCUAUUAAUCUUAAGCGUCCUAUUUUUAAAGAGAGUUGGCAAACAUCUGAAAAAAAUGCACAUAAUAGUAACAAGUCUAAACGUUCUAAAGGACCGUGUUUAGUUAUACAGCGUCAAGAAAUGACUGCUUUCUUUAAAUUAUUUGAUGAUGACUUGAUUCAAGAUUUCUUAUGGAUGGAUUGCUGCUGUAAAAUUGCAGAUAAGUAUCUUCUGGCUAUGACCUUUGUUUACUUCAAGAGGGCUAAAUUUAGUAUAAGCGAGCAUACCAGAAUAAAUUUCUUUAUUGCUCUGUAUCUGGCUAAUACAGUUGAAGAAGAUGAAGAAGAAUCAAAGUAUGAAAUUUUUCCAUGGGCUUUGGGAAAAAACUGGAGGAAAUUAUUUCCUAAUUUCUUAAAGUUAAGGGAUCAGCUUUGGGAUAGGAUUGACUAUAGGGCUAUUGUAAGCAGACGGUGCUGUGAAGAGGUUAUGGCUAUUGCUCCAACACAUUAUAUAUGGCAACGAGAACGGUCCAUGCAUCACAGUGGGGCUGUCAGAAACUACAACAGAGAUGAAGUUCAGCUUCCCCGAGGACCUAGUGCCACACCAGUAGAUUGUUCACUUUGUGGUAAAAAAGGAAGAUUUGUAGGACUGGGAUUGUCUUCAUCAUCAUCUUCUUCAUCCAGUGGCUCAUUAGAAAUGAUGGAGAAAUAUUCAUCUCAGGAAUCAUACAAUUCAUUCUCAGUGGACUUACCACCUGAACCACCUCAAUCUUACUGUUAUUCCCAAGUAGCUACUGAUAACGUAUCAAAAAAGGGAAGGAAAACUAGUUGCAUGAAGCAAGACAAAUCUAUGGAAUGGUUUACAGGAAAUGAAGAGUGAAAUGACUCGACUAAACCAAC